AUGUUAGGUUUAAGAAAAGCUGCUCAAUCAGGUUUAAGAUUCUAUUCAUCUGCCGUCCACAUCCAAACAGUUGGUGUUAUUGGUAGUGGUCAAAUGGGAUCUGGUAUUGCCCAAGUACUUGCCCAAGUUGCCAAAAGAAAUGUUAUCCUUGUUGAUUCAAAAAAAGAAUCAAUUGAAAAAUCAUUAAUUAAUAUUAACAAUCUUUUAACUAAACAAUUAAACAAAGGAAAUAUUACAGAAGCUGAAAAGAGUGCAACUUUAUCCAGAAUUUCAUUCAGUGAUGAUAUUAAAUCAGUUAAAGAUGCAGAUAUGGUUAUUGAAGCAAUCGUUGAAAAUCCAGAAAUCAAAUCUAAAUUAUUCCAAGAACUUGCAGCAAUUUGCAAACCAGGUGCUAUUUUAGCAUCAAAUACAUCAUCUAUUUCAAUUACACAAAUCUCAGCAAACACCAAAACCCCAGAAAAUGUUAUUGGUAUGCAUUUUAUGAAUCCAGUUCAAGUUAUGAAAUUAGUCGAAGUCAUUCCAGCUCUUGGCACCAGCCAAAACACUGUUGAUGUUACUCUUCAACUUGCUAAAGAAAUGGGCAAAACCACCACUCUUUCAAAGGAUAUGCCAGGCUUCAUCGCCAACAGACUCUUAAUGCCAUACAUCAACGAAGCUGUUCAAGCUUUCGAUGAAGGUCUCGGUACUUUAGAACAUAUCGAUACUACAAUGUUAUUAGGUUGCAAUAUGCCAAUGGGUCCAUUAGCAUUAGCUGAUUUCAUCGGUUUAGAUACCUGCUAUUCAAUUAUGAACAUCCUCCACACCCAACUUGGUGAUAAAUAUAGACCAGCACCACUCUUAAAAAGAUAUGUCGAAGCUGGUCGUUUAGGUAAAAAAGUCGGUCAUGGUUUCUAUCUCUACAAAUAA